AAAUAUAAAUUCGAACUCCUCAAGUAGUGUAUUGGAAACGUAAGUAGUUGAUCAUUUUAAUUAGUUUUCUCUUCUCAAUAUAGUUCAAAGUUUCGACUGUGACGAAUAUUGAUCGGCACUUACCAUAUAUUUGAGGUUUUUGAUAAUAAAUUAUUUAAAGUUAUAAAUUACUUGAUUUGAUAUAUUCUAUAAUAUCGUGAGGUUAUUUGAAUUUUGAGUACACUAUAAUGAAAUAAAAGUGAAACAAUGAAGAAAAAACUGGAACCUAAAGACUCGAAUAAUGACAAAAUUUUUUGAAAAAGUAUCGAUGGAACUAUUGAAGAAAACUUUAAAGCUAUUCAAACAGUAAUACAAUUAGAUAGAGAGAGUUCUGCAGUAAGAGGAGAAAUGAGCAAAUGACUCAUGCUAGAAACCGACAAGUUUAGGAAAAUUAAGGCAGCCGAUGAAUGGUCUAAAUUAGGAAACCAACAUUAGAAUUUCCGAAAGUAGUAUCAAAAUCGAGGUUGAACAAGGGUAGAGCUAACCAAAAACUAUAUGUUAUAAGCCAAAUAUAUUUCGAGGAAUACCUAGCAUUUCAUUCUAGAUUUUAUAUAAAAAUAUGAACUCCCCAAUGGUAUACUCGUAUAGUGAGUCAUAUUGUGAAGCGGUUUCAUAGGCUAAUCAAAUUAGGCGUUCACCCUAUACCAAAAAAUUGUUUUCAAUAGUUGUUGAAUUUUUGAAUACCGACAAAAAGAGAAAGACCACAUCCGACCAAGAACACUAGUUUUUAGUGAUAGGAAACGUAUAUCACAUCUCUUGAACUUUUGCAACUAACGUGAGUUCUCAGAAAAAGGGAAAUUGUCCUCAUGUUUUUUAAUGAAAACUCCCCUUCUGAUUUUCAUCAUUUUUGGUUGUCACGCAGUACUCGCUAACAAAUGUGCAAGACCGAACCUGAGCCAGGAGAAGCUUUAUGUCUACAGCAAUAUUGGGCAAAUGUCUGUCCAAGUUAGUAGGUGUAAUUUCAAAAAUGCUAAAGAAGUUUAUUCAGAUAUAUCUGACAACUGCAUUAAAGCAUUUGAAUCUGGUAUAUUUAUAGAUAAAUGGUCUGAAAGGAACGUUUUGGCCGCUGAGAAUACGCCAGUUGUUAUAGAGGCGUAUAUAGCAAAAGCCGAUUUAACCAAAAACGAAAUAUACUUGAAAUCAGGUCAAAUUUGUAGGUACGAUCGGGGCUUUUGCUAUGAUCCUCUUCAAGGUAACACGUACGCUGUUGUUUGGAAAAUUGUUGAUCGAACGAAAAUAGAAUGUGCCUCUCAACUCUUCCAACUGUUCGAAGGAGACGUGGACAUUUGGGAAUUCCAACCUCAGGGACUGACUUAUUUGUUUUAUUACGACGAUUAUCAAGAUAAAGCUUUCUACUUGAAUUUAAAAACCAAAGGAAGUUGUCAAGAUAAUGAUGUCUGGUAUACAGAAGAUGGUUAUAUUGUUUCCAAAAAACCUUUAAAAUCGAAGAAUAUUGAAGUAAAUGCAGCUCUGAAAAUGAAAAGUGGGAGAAAGGGAGUAAAAGGUGGAGUUAAAGGAGGCAGAAUCACGUAUAUGCCAGAAAAUCAAAAUUAUUUCUACUUAAGACCAAAAAGUGUUGUAAGUGAAAUUAUCCUAAAAAACUGCGAGAUUCUAUCAUUGGGAAUGGAAGCUAUUACUAACAAUAUUGAUUCAAGUUAUUUGGAAAAUCCACAGAAUUUACGUUUAAUAUUGAAACGCUAUUACGACCUCAUUAUUAGUACAAGAGAAAACAUUCUUACGAAAAUAAAAUGUGGAAGUACAAAGAAUGUGACAUUGAAUCUUGAACACCAGUUUACAGAAUUAUCAGAAAGCUUUAAAAAUGCUACAGAUAAUAUUAAAGAAAUUGAGAAUACUUUGGAAACCGCUGGAAAUUUGGAAGGUAUUAGAGAAGAUGUUGAUACAUUGGCUGAUCAAAUAUCAACAUAUUUGAAGAAAAAUGGAGAAUUUGAUAAACUACUGAAAGAACUGUCAUCAGAUGUGAAUAAUAACUCGAAAAAUAUCAACAAUAACGAUUUGGAAAUCAAGACACUAUCAGAAAAAAGUGAAGUACUCGAAAGAAUCGUCAAUAAUAAGCUUCCUGAUUUGAUAACCAAAUCUGAAACAUACGACAAAAUAAAUCAAAUAGAACAAGAGUUUCAUAAUAAAGUUAAAGAAUUGAUAAUGAAUGUAACUUUGCUUCUACUACAGAACGAAUCAUCUAACGGUGUUAAAGGAAAAGGUACAACCACUGCAGAAAUAGAAAGUAUGAUUUUGGAUAAACUCAGUAGCUUCAAUUUAGAUCAACAGCAAGCAGCUAUCGACGCACUUAAAGAAAAAACAGAACUACUUAUAAAUUCAUUGAGAUCUGAAACUAAUAAUAAUGCUAGUAUUUCAGAAAAUAAAGUGAUGAAAAAGUUAGACUCGGUUGCUUCCCAAAAUCAACUUAUUACUGAUAAAAUAACAAAUAUUGAAAAAAAUGUCGAUACUUUGAAUAAAACUAUAAAUGAAUUGAAAACUGAUAUAGAUAAUAAUGAUAAACAUUUCGAUGAUAUAAUUAAAAAAUUUGAAGUACAAAUAAAUGAUAUUAUGGAAAACUCUAGUUAUAUAGAACUAGUAAUUGCGGAUUUGAGAGAAGAUUUGGGAAAUUUGAGUAGAAAAGAAGUAGAUUUCAAUCCCAUUUAUGAAAAAAUGGACAAGUCUUUGGAGAAAGAGCUGAAACAAAGAGAUGAAAGAUUAGACUCACUGGAUGACAUUACCGCAAAAUUAACUGAAUAUAGUGAAAAAAGUACUUCUGAUAUUGAUAGUCUUCAACAACAAAUUAAUGAUACUAACGAGUCUCUGAACAAUUUUAAUGAUAUGAAGGAAAAUGUAACUGAUAAUAUCGAAAAAGCAGUUAGUCCAGUUAAUAAGAAACUGGUUGAUAUGAAUGAGAUAUUAGAAGAUCAUUCUAAAAAAUACGAUACCGUACAGAAUAGCUUGGACAAUAUUGAAAAAGAAAUUGUUAUUGGAUUAGAUAAUUUGAAAACUAACUUUAGUGACGUGAUCAAUCAACUUAAUUCUACAUUAGAAGAUAAUAGUGUUGCAGUAGUUAAGCUUUCGGAACAAGAUAAUAGAAUAAAUAACGUUAUAGAUAACCUUAAAAAUGAUUUGGAAAGUCAAGGACAAUCUAUAAAUAAUUUAGAAUCUGUAUUACAACAAGAAAUUAACCAAUGUCAGGUAACAAGUAAUAAUACUUCGGGAAUGAUUGAUAAUCUUAAGGACAAUGUCACAGAAUUAUACGAAGCUAUCAAACUACACGAAGGAUCGAUUCUUGAGCUUAUAAAGGGAUUCGAAAAAGUUUCUCUACAAAGUGCGAGUAAAAGUGGUGUUAAAACUACGAAAGGGGGUGUAGGAGCAAGUGGCGCACAAGUCGCUAAUCAAGAACGAGAGUUAUAUUAUCUUCGAACUCAAUUAACUGGGGCCAAUAUUAAAAUUAAAACUCUGGAAAAUAAAAUUCAACAAUUGGAGACGCAAAUUGAACAGUUAUUUUUGAAAUCAGUUAAAUUGGAAGAUAUUCUAGCACUUGCAAUUAAAUCUGUGAACAAUGACAUAAAAGGUACUAACGAAAGAAUCGGACUAGUUGAAUUUGAUAUAAAAAGUGAACUUGCUCUUUGUUGUAAAAAUAGAAGGAAAGUAUGAGGCAAUUAAAUAUUGGAAGUGAUUGUGACUAUUAUUCUAUACAUACUAUGGAUAAUUCAUUUGUUGUAAUACAUGUCAGAUUUGAUUUGA